GAAAAAUCGGAAAAUCAUAAAUACCAUCAAAAAGCUUUAGUUCCCCUCUUUUCCACGCUAGAAGAAACGACCGACUCGACUGAGAAACAGAUACCCAAACCAGGGUCUUCACUUUUUCCUUUUCUUUCCUUUCCUUUCUUGUUCCUGAAUCAGGGGGACGGGGAAAUUGGUGAAGGAUUUUCUUGAUCGCGGGGAAAACGAAAAUGUCGCAGCCACGCCGGUCGUCGUUUUCUGCAUCCACAACGUCGUCUCUGGCGAAGCGGUCGGAGAAUGCCGGGAAGACGGCGGUGGUCGCCUCCUCCGCUGCUCCUGCUUCGCACUUGGCCAGGAAACGAGCGCCUCUUGGAGAUAUUACGAACAAUUCGAGGAAUGCUGCGCAGAAAGGGUCGAGAACCGCUCUCCCGUCGUCGACUCUGGGGCAGAGUACUGCUAAAAUUGCUAAAUUCAAGAAAGGCCCCACUCCUGCUUCCAGCAACACAGCCUUGUCUGGAAAUUUCAUACCUUCAGUGGUGAAAUCGACUGAGAUUGAGGUCACAUCUGCACGAAGAAGCCAUGAAGUUGUCUCGAGCAUUGUCAAGCCCCCUACGUCCUGUGAAACGAAUGUUUCUCCAACGAAAACAAAUGAAGGUUGCAUGUCCUUGGAUGAAACCAUGUCCACCUGUGAUUCCUUCAAGAGCCCUGAUGUUGAGUAUCUCGACGACAAUGACUUGCCUGAGAUUGAUUGUAUCAACAAGAAGGCUUUAAACAAGCUCUAUAUUUCGGAUCAUGAAGUAGUAGCAGAAAAUAUGUGCAACAGAGAUGCACAUGGUGUGAUUGAUAUGGAUACAGAUGACAAGUUUGUAAACCUGGAUACCAAUUUUGAGGAUCCUCAGCUUUGUGCCACGAUUGCUUGUGAUAUUUACAAGCAUCUGCGAGCUUCUGAGGCUAAGAAAAGACCAGCAACAGAUUUCAUGGAAAAAACUCAGAAGGAUGUAAAUGCCAGUAUGCGUGCUAUACUGAUAGAUUGGCUUGUGGAGGUUGCAGAAGAGUACAGACUUGUGCCAGAUACCCUGUACCUGACUGUGAACUACAUUGAUCGAUAUCUCUCCGGCAAUGUGAUUAACAAGCAAAGAUUGCAAUUGCUUGGUGUUGCCUCCAUGAUGAUUGCUGCAAAAUAUGAGGAAAUAUGUGCGCCCCAGGUAGAGGAGUUCUGCUACAUUACUGACAGCACAUACUUCAAGGAUGAGGUUUUAGAAAUGGAAUCUGCAGUUUUGAAUUACUUGAAGUUUGAGAUGACAGCCCCAACACCCAAAUGUUUCUUAAGACGAUUUGUGAGAGCUGCCCAAGGAAUCGAUGAGGUCCCAUCAAUGCAGUUGGAAUGCUUAGCAAAUUACAUCAGUGAAUUGUCUCUGCUGGAGUACAAUAUGCUUUGCUACCCUCCAUCUGUUGUUGCAGCCUCUUCCAUUUUCUUGGCCAAGUUCAUACUUUUCCCUUCUAAGAGACCAUGGAAUUCCACAUUGCAACAUUACACACUCUAUCAGCCUAGUGAUCUACAAGACUGUGUAAAGGAUCUUCACCGCCUGUGUACCAGCACUUACGACUCUACCUUGCCCGCGAUUAGAGAAAAGUACAGUCAGCAUAAGGUGAAGAUAAUCUGACUUUUGAAUUUUGUUUUGCCACCCUCCUAGAAAAACCCCUCUUUGGCCCCCCUUCAUAACAGUCUCUAACUUUAUGAUCUUGCCUUGAUUUUGUUCUGUUGGGGACUCCAGUACAAGUUUGUAGCCAAGAAAUUCUGCCCUCCUCGAAUACCAGAGGAAUACUUCCACAAGCAAAUCUUAUAGGCAGACUGACAGAGAUUGAUCUAUCUGAGGAAACCUCAUCAACCAAGUCGCGCGGUGUCUACUAGUAGUAAUGGGCAGUAUUCAUUCGCCAAAGGGCUAUGAUUCGACCAACAAUCUUCAGCAGUCCCUCUACUAGUAGUAAUGACGGUAUCUUUCCAAUGCUCCGUUGGAAGCAGCUCUUCUGCCCAUCUGCCCCCAGAAUGUAAGAAUGUAGUUUAGCAGCAGCAGAUAGUAGCAGUUGAUGUAACAGUAGCCUGAGUCAGCUCUUUGUAUGAUACCUCCACCAUUACCCUGCUACGGGUUUGCAUGCUUUCUUUUUUGAAACUUGCCUUGCUAUGGCUUUGUAGAUCAGAAAUUUUCCUCUGGACAAUAAUCAAGUUUGAUGAGUGCAGACAUUCCAUUUUGUGGAGUUUUCCUAGAUUUUCAAUUUUCUUUAAGCUGAUCAACAGCGAGGCCUGCCAGAAGUUUUCAGAUUUCUAUCCCGGCCACCAGAAGUUGGGAUCUCGUCCAGAAAAUAGCAAUCCUCAAACGAGCAACCUGGUCCAUAAUUCGGCCACUUCACAUCACUUGGCUCCAUGUACAUUUGCCCCCACGCCGGCGUCCCAUCCUCGUAUGAAUUCUGCGUCCACCUCGUCAACUCCGAUCCGUCCAAUUUGAUCGUGAAGAUAUCACCGUACGGCUGGUAGUGAUGCGGGUUUGAGAUCGGCUCGGCUGAUAUUCCGGCGUAGUCAGUGGUAAACACUAUACUCUUUGAAUCCGGGCUGAAAUAAGGGUGGUUGCACCGCCCGCCGGCGCCGCUUUGAAUCAGCUUCCUCAACCCUGUACCAUUCGGGUGGAUCAAGUAGAUCGCGAAGCUGCCGCUACCCGGGUCGUGCCGAUCGGAGGAGAAGGCAAUCCACUCGCCGUCCGGCGACCAUUUACACAUCGUGUCCGUCCAUGGACCCUCCGUCAAUUUCCGGAGCCCGCCGUCGCCGGCCUCGCCCUUCUCGGCGUCCAUUAUGUAGAGAUUCUUCUGACCCGAUAAACCCGAUCGGAACACGAUCCAUUUUCCGUCCGGUGAGAGUGAGGGGAAAGCGUUGUUGAUGCCGUUGGUGGUCAAUUUUUUGACGUUAUUGUCCACGUCAGCGUGGUCAACGUUGAUGGAGAUGAUGUCCACCUCCGAGCUCACCGGGGCGAAAGUAGGUCCGGCUGCAGUGUACACGAUCCCCGGGCGAACCGGGUCCCACUCGGUCGUGAAAGCCAUUCCUGGAAAAACCCGACGCCGGUUCGAACCGUCCCGGUUCACCACGUACACACCGGGCAUUUCGACGUAGGCGAUCCGGUCGCCGGCCGGGGAGAAGACGGGAUAGGAUCCGUCGAUUCUGAACAGCGAGACGUCCGGUCGCGGGCUGUGAAGACUCUCCAGCAGCAAGUGGGGGUCGCCGGAGUUGGAUUGGCCUCUGCACCUGUGGUACCCGACCCGACCCGAGUCGGGCGAGAGGAACGGGUUGAGAUGGUGGGUUUGAGGGGACACGAAGCGGGUCAACUCGGUGAACUCGUUAUUGACAAGGUCGAAGAGCUCUAUGUGGCGGUAGCUCGAGGUGGGUCUCCUCGUGGCGACGGCGAUGAAAUCGGUGUUGCCCGGGGAAGUCGCCGGAGUGAACGCGUGGAUUCCCGGCGGGGUGAUUCGGGUGACGGUCACCGAAUCGGUCGAGAUCGGCCCCGAAUUCGGUAGAAUCGCCUUGUACACGCUGAUCCACCCGUCUUCCUCGCUCUUCCUGUGGAAGAACAGGGUCGAAUCGUCGACCCAACUCGGCCACCCGCCGUGUUCGACGAUUUUGACCCGCUCCGACCCGUCCCGAGUCAGGAAGACGUAGAUAUCGGUGGAGAGUUCCUCCACCUCGCCGUUCCACCCAUUCUCGCCGUAGGAAGCUACGGCGGUGAGAAAUCCGGAGGGAGACACGGCGGGGCUGAAAUCGGCGAUUCCAAUUGGGGUGAGUCUCCGAGUCGACCCGGUUUUCAAAUCGGUUGAGUAGACGGCGGCCCAACUCGUCCUGGGCUCGGCGGACUUCUCGUGGGUUGACACGUAUACCAGCUUAUCUCCAACCACUGUGGGCCUAUCCUUCAGGGAGAGCCCAUCGUGACCGUGGAUUAGAGGCAGCUGGACACGUGGCGCGAUCUCCAUAGCGGACCUCGAUCUGGAGGAGCUUUCCUGCGGCUGAGAAUCGAAAGCAAUGGCGUCGUAGUAGAUGUUGCAGGAUCCGUUCCUCUCCGAGACGUAGACGAGAUGAAACUCCGGCUCCGUUUCCUCCGCCGCCGCGGGGGUGGAAAAGGGUUGUUGGAUGGGAGAUGGUUGGGGGGAGAGAGAGAGGAGAGCGGGAGAUGGGGAGGCGAAGUGGCCGUUGAAGUUGACGGAGGCGCCAUCGGUGAGGCGGAGCUCAGAGGAAGGGGACGGCGGGGUGCGGUGGCGCGUGGGGAGAGUGAAGAGGUCGAAGGCGUAGCUGGAUCGGCCGAGCGUGGUGAAGAUGAUGCUGCUGGUUGGGGGAGGUGGGUUUUGGUGGUUUUGGACGGCGGAUUGGGUGGGAAGCAGCGAAUUGAUGAGGAUGCAACAGAGAAUUAGUGGGAGGGUUUUCAUGGCUGCCUGGUUUGUUCUGUUUCGUUGUGAGUUUUUCAGUGAGCCAGUGAAGUUUGGGCUACAAGGGAAAGGCUAAUUGCUAAGCGGAGAAGGAAAUCUGGAUAUGUUUGGG